UGGAAACAGCAGAACCCCCCUUCUCUGAAAAACCACAAGGUCUGAUUUCGUUGUUAGAGACAGUUUUUCACACUCAUCGUCCCACUUGGGAUGGCUGUCAGCAACUCUUGCAGGUUCUUUUUACUUCCGAGGAGCGCGAUCGGAUUCACCUCGAGGCUCGGAAGCAGGUUCUUGGCACAGAUGGCCAACCCACCACUGACCUGGUUAUUCUGGAAACGCGCCUCCCGGCCCAACAACCCAACUGGGACCCAAAUACCUGCCCCGGGGAAGGAGUUUUAACCAGGUACUGUCAACUUCUUUUGCAGGGCCUUCGUGGCACAGCCCGAAAGCCCACUAACCUGUCUAAGGUGAGUGAAGUUGUUCAAGGACCCCGGGAGUCCCCGGCCUCAUACCUAGAGCGUCUGCUUGAGGCAUACAGGCAAUAUACGCCUAUAGACCCCCGGGCGCCCGAAAACGCGAAGGCUAUUAACAUAGCCUUUGUAGGACAGUCGGCCCCAGAUAUUAGAAAAAAAAGAAAAAGAAAAUAUUCAGAAACUAGAUGGGUUUGAAGGUAAAAAUCUUAGUGAAUUAGUUUAAAUAGCUCAGAAAGUCUUCAGCAACCAGGAGGACCCGGAAGUUGCAGGCGCAAAGAAAUUGACAAAAGUCGUCUUAGCUACACUACAUGAGAUGGGUAGCAAAGGACAAGGGAUUGCCCAACGGCGGAAUAGGACCUCUCCCGAACGAGGAGGCCGUCCCCAGUUAGGAAAGGAUCAAUGUGCGUACUGUAAGGAGAUGGGCCAUUGGAAAAAUGAAUGCCCCCGGAGGAAGAGGGUGGAGUCUCCUCACACUUGAAGACUGACGGGGCCAGGGCUCUGUUAACCUCGGCCCCCGAGAGCCCUUGGUAACUUUGACUGUCGGGGGGCCGUCCGACCACGCUUUGAGGAACAGGCACCCGAGGUUCCAUCGGAGGCUCUGAGGGAGCUACAAAAAGAGGUACAGGGGGUGUGGGCUGAAGAUAAUCCCCCUGGUCUGGCAUCUCAUCAGCCUCCGAUCAUCGUACAACUUAAUAGUUCAGGAACCACAAUACCCUAUUCCGACCCAGGCGGAAUUGGGAAUACAUAAGCAUAUACAGAGACCUUUGGAAGAGGGAAUUCUAGUACCUUGCAGUCGCCGUGGAAUACCCCCCUGUUGCCAGUCAAGAAACCCGGCUCUGAAGAUUACCGACCUGUCCAGGACUUGUGUGAGGUAACUGCCUGGGUAGAAACUGUUCAUCCUACUGUGCCCAAUCCCUACACUCUACUCAGUCCCAGGGGAAUAAUUUUGCUGAUAAAACCGCUAAGGAAAUCGCCUUAAGACCAGUAGGGCCACUGGAGAUUCUCCUGGUUCAGCUGCCGCCCCAGGCCCUACCUGACCGCCCAGCCUACUCAGAGAAGGAAAUUGAGUUAGGAAACGAACUGAGAUGCUCGAAAACUGAGAGGGGAUGGCUGCGCCAUCCUGAUGGGAGGGUUCUCCUUCCCCAAACACUCGGCCAAGACCUUCUUCUGAAGACCCAUCAGGCUACACACCUCGGAACGACCCGACUCUGCCAACUGUUCCGCCCCCCAUUUCUACUUGCCCGGACUCUCGACCCUGGCCGAUUCUAUUGCCUCCAGGUGUGCCACGUGUGCCCAAGUUAAUGCAGGUGCCAGCCGGCCCUCCACUGCUCAGGGCACCCGACGGCGGGGGCAGCAACCAGGUAACCACUGGGAACUUGACUCCACCGAAAUAAAACCAACCCGAGGCAAGUACCGAUACCUUUUGGUUUUCGUGGACACCCAUUCUGAGGUGGAUAGAAGCCUUCCCCACCAAGGGGAAGACGGCAAUAAUUGUUACCCGGACUCUACUACACCAGGUAAUACCCUGAUUUGGCCUCCCCUAGCUCUGGGGUCUGACAAUGACCUGGCGUUUAUCGCCCAGACUUCCAAACUGGUAGCUAAGGCUUUAGGAAUUGAUUGGAAACUGCAUUGUGUCUAUCGACCACAAAGUUCAGGGCAGGUAGAAAGGAUGAAUAGGACUUUAAAAGAGACUCUGACAAAAUAUUCUAUUGAAGUUGGCGGUCACUGGGUAGAUCUUCUUCCCUUUGCCCUUUUGCGGACGCGAUGUCCCCCCACAAGAAGGGGUUUGCUCCCUUCGAGAUAAUGUUCGGAAGACCCCCGCCCCUGAUUCCCCGCCUCACAGAGGAGGUACGGGCUGAGGUAUCUAACGGAAACUUGCUUGAGUCCUUACAGGCCCUUGACCGAGUCCGGGGGGAGAUCCGUCAGGAGGUUCGGCCCAGCAGUGGAAACGCUGAUGGAGACGCCAUCCGCGCCCCCAGUCCUCCCCCUUCUGUACUCUAGGCGCCUGGUGGCAGGGGCAAUACCUAGUGAUCCUCUCUACUCCCACGGUGGUAAGAUUGGCUGAAAACCCCAUUGGUUCCAUGUGACGCAGAUCAAGCCUGCCUCGCCAGAACAUUCAGAAAAAUGGAAGAAUCCGCACCAGCCGAUGCAGGUGAAGUGGACUUUGCGGACAGACCUCCCCUCUUAUGGCAUCCUCCGCCGGUGGCGACCAUUCUGACUCCAGAACAGAAGGGGCCUGGACUUACUCUUGCUUAAACAAGGAGGGUUAUGUGCUACCUUGAACGAAAAAUGCUGCUUCUAUGCUAAUCAUUCAGGGGUCGUGCAAAAUAGCCUGGACGUGGUUCGUUCCCGGUUGGAGGAGCAUGAUAAGCAUCGCAAGGCAUCCUCCAACUGGUAUCAACGCUUGUUCAAUUGGUCACCAUGGCUCACCAGUCUGCUUUCUUCCUUGGCCGGGCCUCUGCUAGGCCUGCUAUUCUGCUUGGUGUUCAGCCUGAUACUCAUUCGCUGGCUGACUCGCACGAUUCAGGAACGAGUUAACACGGCCAAAAUCUUGGCUCUGACCAUCUUGGCCCAUACUGGCUAUUCCCGACUUCUGACCCCAGUCCCUGAAAUCAAGGGUUUGAUUUUCCGUUCAGAAUAGGAGGGAAUGAACUAGGCUAGCUAGCAGCACAGAAUACCCGCUUACCACUUAUUGAACCUAGCCCACCCUUGCGCACGGCACACCUACUUGCUAACUACUUUAUCUGAAAGGUACAGGGUAUACCCCUACCCUCUCAGAGUCACACAAGCAUGACCAUGCAAAACCAAAAACAGGAUGAAGGUGGUGAUAGAGAUGCACAAGAAGCACUAGCGCAAGGCCAGGCAGGGAAGAUAACAUGUCUAAGAGGCCUGCAAGACCCGGAUACCAGCACGAUUAGGGGUGGUCAGCAGAAACUGUGGCAAGAGACGUGCCGAAGACAUACGUUAGUACUUUUUCAGAGAUAAAGAAAUGCCAAAAAAGGCUUGUAAUACCGUACAUAGGGACCGCACUUUACUAAAGUGUUGGUCCCUGCACAGGUACAAUAAAGGAGUUUCUUCUCUCCACUCUGGUCUUGUGGUCUGUUUGCCAAGGACUGACAAGGCGUCCGUUGAGAUAUAACAAAAACCAGUUAAAUCUUGCGAACAGGUUUUGUUGGAGCAAGCUAGUAGGGCUCUUGCAGUUUCAAUUUACAUCAACUUCCUGAAUCAUGAACAGCCAAUUAAAAUCUAGAGAAACACCAACACAUUAUCCAGCGGCCCUCAAAAUGACUCAGCAGGUGGUCCUGUCUCAAACACAAGUUGUGAUUGCCCAGCCACAAAGAAACCAGUGGCAGACAGGUUUAUGUGAUUGCUGCAGCGACUGCGGAGUAUGUUUCUGCGGACUAUUUUGCUACGAGUGUCUGGGGUGCCAAGUGGCUGCAGAUAUGGGGGAAUGCUGCCUCUGUGGCACAGGCAUGGCCAUCAGGGCUGUCUACAGGACAAGAUAUGGAAUACCAGGAUCCCUCUGGGAUGACUUUUGGACUGUUGGAUGUUUCCCUCUUUGCUCUCUUUGCCAACUCAAGAGGGAUAUCAACAGAAGACGAGAAUUGGGAAUCUUCUAAGGUUGUUCAUUCUGCUUUCAGGGCUCCAGGAUUUCAAGAAUACACCAAAGAAUCAUCAUAUGGAGUUAAUUAACCACCUCUGCUACAAUUUAAUGUGUAAAUUAGCCUAAAAAAUUAAGUCACCCAAAAUUGUCCCUCAGGCAUGACCCAAGAAAGAGAAAUAGAGUUGGAGCCAUGCAGAAAAAAAUUGGCUAGAUUUAUAAUAGUUGAAGAUAAGGAACCAUUUAAUUUUCCCCAUUGGAGUUUAUAUUUUAAGAAAAGUGAAAAAAUAAGUUGUGCUAUGCGUAUAUAACCCAAAAAUGCUUCUUGAGAUAGAAUUAAACAAAAUAAUUAUGCCAUGCAAUUUUAUUUAGGUCUCUUACUUUUCUAAACAGCUAUAUUGGGAAAACUCUAGAUUUGUUAAGUAGAUGUUCCUUUUAUUCUGUACCUAAAUAAAUAUCUUAUAGACAAAAUGAAA